UAUAGCCUUUGUUCUCUCGGUUUUCUUUCUCUCCUGUCUCUUUGUUUCUCUCUCUCACGCACUAUUGGAAUCAGCUCAUGAGCUAAGAAGAAGAAAAAAAAAAAAAAAAAAAAAAGUGCGUAGGAGGAACUAAAUUCCUUUCCUAAUAUCAAAAAGAAGGAGGUCAAGGAAAACGUGUUUUAAAAACUAAAGUGAUCUCUAUACUCUGAAGAACUGGAAGAAACCAGAGGGAAAAUCGAGUUUUGGGAUGGGCAUGAGAGCAAAAACAAAGAGAUGACAUGGUGCAAUGAUUCAGACGAUGAUAGGGCUCUUCAGAUAAUCACGGCAACUUCUAAAGAAAAUACAAAUGUUCUCGACCCACCCAAAACCGAUGAUAUCAGGAAUACCAUAACAUGCCCAUCAUGUGGCCAGGACAUAGAGUUCCAAGAUCAGGCCGGAAUUCAAGAUUUGCCGGGGCUACCAGCAGGGUUGAAGUUUGAUCCGACAGACCGUGAAAUUCUUGAACAUUUAGAGGCAAAGAUUCUGUCUGAUACGCGGAAGCUUCAUCCUCUUAUUGAUGAAUUCAUCCCAACACUUGAGGGAGAGAAUGGAAUUUGCUAUACUCAUCCAGAAAAACUACCAGGAGUAAGCAAAGACGGCCAAAUCCGGCAUUUCUUCCAUCGACCUUCAAAGGCAUACACGACUGGGACUAGGAAACGAAGGAAGGUCCACACUGAUGAAGAUGGGAGCGAGACGAGAUGGCACAAAACUGGCAAGACAAGGCCAGUCUUUGUUGGUGGGGCAGUGAAGGGGUACAAAAAGAUCUUGGUUCUCUACACCAACUAUGGCAGGCAAAGAAAGCCUGAGAAAAGAAACUGGGUGAUGCACCAAUACCAUCUUGGAAACAAUGAAGAAGAGAAAGAUGGAGAAUUAGUGGUUUCAAAGGUUUUCUACCAGACACAACCUAGACAAUGUGGUUCAAGUAUUAAGGAUUCAUUGAAUAACCAAAGCGUGCAUGAUAAUAGUCCUAAUGAGAUUCCUAUACCUAAAAACCCUACAGCUCUUUUGGAGCAUUACAACACUCCUUUUAUUAACUAUGACUAGGGGUAGGGAUGGCCAUACUUAUUGGGUAAUGGAUAUCCAACCCUACCCGAUUCAAAUAUUCUGAGUAAUACUCGGUUCUUCAUGAGUAGAGCUUAACCGAGUGAGGUAUGGGUAUUACCCGAAUUGUUCGGGUAGGGUAUGGAUAUUAUCCAAACCCGACCCAUAUUAAAAAAAAAAAAAAAAAAAAAAAAA